CAUCCAGUGACUUGGAGGUGACCAGUGACCACCGCCUUCUGCUGUUGUCUCCAGCGGCAACAUCGCCUAAUCGAUCUUAACCCGCCUCGCAGCCUGUCCCUACGUUGGAAGAGCAUCCGCCUCUCACUUUCUCCUCAAGAUGCACUCGGACGCUUUCGAUGUGAUCCCCUAUGCCGACAUCAAAGGCGACUGGAAGAAACUAGGUGCAGGAUCUUUCGGUAACGUCUACAAAGGAAACUACCUUGGCAUCGAGGUCGCCAUCAAGGAAGUGCUACCGUCCACCGAAUAUGACGUCGCCAAGUAUUUCGAACGUGAAUGGCGUCUCAUGAAAGAGACGAGACACCCGAACUGCUGCUUGUAUAUCGGACUGUCUCGCGCUCCUGAGCCCGACAAUCGUAUCUUCAUCAUCUCCGAAUUCGUCGAGAACGGGAAUCUCCGUGUCUACAUUCACGACAAGUCCAAACCAUUCCCCUGGCGACUUCGCCUUUCCUUCGCAACGGACAUUACCCGUGCGCUGGCGUACCUGCAUGCGCGCAAGUGCAUCCAUCGAGAUCUCAAGGGCGAGAACCUUCUUGUGACAUCGAACGGCCGGCUCAAACUUACGGACUUUGGAUUCGCUCGGAUCGCCGCGCGGAAUGACGAUGAGUCGAAGCGUCUGACCUUUUGUGGCACGGAUUCGUACAUGUCCCCAGAGAUUCUGAUGGGCGACGAGUUCGACCUUCCGACCGAUAUAUUCUCAUUGGGUGUCAUAUUCUGUGAGAUCGCCGCGCGAAGGCUAGCCGACGACCAUCACUUCAAGCGGUAUCCUCCUAGCUUUGGCAUCGACCCCGAAGAAGUCCAUAAACUCGCUAGUCCCGGGUGCCCUCCGGCAUUUUUGCAGCUUGCCAUCGACUGUUGUGCCACGGAGCCGUCUGCUCGACCAACCACCCGUGCAGUUCUAGAGCGUUUGCGAGCCAUCGAGGCUGAGGUCCUCGCUCGCCCUAACGAAGGCGAAGACUUGCACGUGGGCAGCAUCAAGUUGAUGACGGCUGGUAAACGUGCUGGUCCAGCCCCUCGGAUCCCGAGCUUCGGCAUGGGGGUUGGUAAAGAUAUUCGCAGCAGCAGCCUGCAUAACUCGGAAAGCAGCAACGAUGACAGCGACGAUGAGCUCAUGGAAGCUGUUGCCGGUCUCUCGAGUGUGGGCGUUGGCAGUGAUUGGUCGAAUGGUCACGAACCUCUUCUCGAGCAGGGCGCCCCUUCGGCCUUUUCGGAGUACAGCACCACUGUCAUCCGCGGUCCCAGCGGCGUUUCCAGCAGCCAGCUUCCCUCUUUGUCAUCUGUUCUUACCGUCCGUGCCUCUCCGAAUCCCAACGAGACUCCGGUACCUGUUCUGCCAGCAUCCCAUGAUCGUUCCUUUUCGGAUUCCGACGCAGAUCCUCUCGCUGGGUCGGUGCUGUCCAUCGCGUCUCUCGACUCUUAUCACACGGCCCAUACUGCGUCGGCAAUCUCUUCGGCUUAUGCGACUGAAGGCGGAUCGACAAUUCGGUCUCUUCAUGGAAACUACACGGCCCCGUUGGUCCAUCGAUUCACUCUUCUCAAACCAGGCGCCAAGCCCAGGAAGACAUCGAGUGGAACUGUGUCCCCCACAGCAAGUGCUCAAGCGGAGGUCGCCGCCUCUGGCUGGAAUCCCCUCGAUCUGUUCUUUUCCAGUGGCCUGUUGGUAGCCAAGUGCGACAUCUGUCUGAAGCGCCUGGGAUGGAAGCCUGUCUUGGAAUGCGAUGAUUGUGGGCUGCGAGCGCAUAUCAAAUGCGGAGAAGUUGCGCCCAGGGACUGUGGUGUCCGGCCCAGUCGUCCAGGUACCCAUCAAUCCCCGCUCUCCCCAUUGUCGAAAGUGAAGCAGAGCGCUGCCGUGGCUGCUUCCGCCGCUGGGAAAAGCAAAGUUCCGAGUCCGACUCGAUAAACGAUAUCCAGCCAAUUCCCGAAAUCACGACUAUCACGACACGACUUGUCCGGAUCUUCCAUUCAUGAUUUACGAUAGAAUGCGGUCUGCUCGAGCGCAUAUAAUGAAGCCUUUCUCGGACCAUGACGAUCGCAUUACACUUUUCCAUAUCCAACCAUCCGUAGCAUUAGCACACCUCACGAUCUUGUAUGUUUGUACACUACAUAGCGUACAUUAUCAUUUAAUCCUCCUUAUCUUCCCCGCAAUUGGUCCCCAAUCGUGGGACUGAUCGAUCAAUGAUCGGAUUGAUGUUGGGUCGACUCUUCGGUCCUGCUCUUAUAUCAGGUCGAGAGACCUUAUGUCGACGGCUGGCCCUUAGUCAAGUCAUCAUUCUGGGCUCAAAUUCAUGGAGGAUACCUUGCAUGAGCUCCGGGAGCGUAUCAAGGUUCAGGGUUUGACUAGCCCUGCAGCCAACGCUCGUAUCUCAGCAUACAUCUCAUCCAACAUCCUCAAGCAUCCUAACUCUUUAUUCAAGAAUCGCGUUCCUCCGCUUGAUAUCAUCGCUAUUGCACUUCGGAGGCUACUGGACGCAGACGACGCUCCUCGACUAGGCGACAUCCCCGAUUUGCUGGACUUUGCGACGACUGUGGAGUUUUAUCGUGGGAGAGCCCUCGAGGAGACGCGCAAGGCUCUAAAACGGAAUGAAGAGCUCAAGAAGGAACAGAACAAUCUUCGUCAAUUGAGUGAAGCGGAAGAAACGUCGCUGCGGAAGCACCUCGAAGAUGAUCUGGAGCUGAGAGGAAUAUAUAUCGAAGUCGUGCUGCAGUUCUGCCAGUUUCAUAUCUACCAUCUCUGGACCAGUAAUCCACCUCGUUCCGCAGACGCCACGCUCCGUCUAUGCGAGUACUUUCCCGACUUGAACAGGAUCUACAACCGAACUACCAAGUCCCCGCGUCUAUUCCAUUAUGACUUGAACGAUGAUGAACGAGAGUUGCUGCGAGAUCGCGGAUUGGACUGCUGUGCUUUUGUCAGCGACUCGUUCGAAUGGGCCGAAAGCCAGUGUGAACCAGGGCAAGUACACGCCAUGUUCCAGACCGAGCUUUUUGCUGCUGAGUUCCCAUGCAAAGUAGAGGCAGAAACCCUGUGUGAGACGUUGCUCUACUUUAUCGAUCAGGUGGAAGGCAUCGUACAGGAACUGCAAGAUAUGUUUCCUCUCUGAUGAUCGCACAAAGUUCUUGUUCUUGUGGGACCGCGUCGUUCGUGAAUGGCAAUUUACAUUUCAUGUCUU